GGUGGUGGAGGUGUUUGGAGUUAAGACAAGAAAGCGUCGAUGGGAAAAUAAGUGUGGUCACCUCGCGACUUUCCGGGCCAUUAAAAUACUCUCCAGCCCGAAAAACUCAAAUGAAGUACACUUCCAGGUUUUCUCAGAAGACGUAGGAGUUCUCGUUAAAGUAACUUUUUAAAACUGGAGCCGCUUCCUUGUUCGACAACGGGGUGAAAUAUCUCAACAUCCUCACAAAGAAACUUUGCUUGCUAAGCUGCUAACUCGCACACUAGACAGAAAAGAAGUAUGAUCACCGCCGAAGACUUUGUCACGCGCCAUCUGUAACGUCUCAUCGCUCGAGCUCAGCGUUACCGGCGAUUGUAUUUACUCGGAAAUGAUAUCUAGAGGACCGAAGACUGACUUUUGUAACGGUUUUUAGUAGCCAUCAUCAGCAGUGGAGGAAGGGUUGCAGCUGGUCAUUUAGCCACCACCACCACCACCACCAGACCUCCACCAGGCAGCACCUCCACUGUUGUGUUACAGUUCGUUAGGAGCCAAGUAGUCCCAGAUUAGUUUCUGCUAAAAUGUCUGGUCGAAAUGGAGUCGGGCAGAUCCGGGGAGCUACUUUAGGUCCACAACCCCUAAAGGCGACUAUUCCCUAUCAGCUGACCAGCAUGGCUCGACCACACCGGAGAGAUGGCAAGUCAGCUGGAAAGCCCAAACCACAACAGCUGAGCUCUGGCAUGAGGCGGACAAUGUCUCUUGAUGCCAUCAUCGGGCCGUACCUGCAGGGACACUGGCCCAAAGAACCAGAGGGUCAGAGCCGCCUGUCUCGCAAGGACAAGUCUACCCAGACCCCAGACACGUGGUCCGAUAAAUCCGAGAGCAGGAGAGGUAGCAGCAGCCACAAACGAUCGGCAUCAUGGGGCAGCGCUGAGCAUCUGCGAGAGAUCGCAAAACUAAAACAACAGCUGCAGCAGCGCAGCAAACCUGCAGUCUCAGGGGGGCAUGACAAAGACCGCCAGCGUGGAUAUCCUCAAGGGAGCUGUAGCCUAGGAACUAACCAGACUCAGCCCAUUUCCAUCCCCCUUGCUCCCCUGUCUACAUUGGUCCCUCGACUGCGCUGCAGUGUGGAGGGCCUCAACCAGGAGCUGGAAGGCAUGUUCAUCUGCCAGCCUCUGCAUCCUCCGCACAGGCUCCUUGAGGUUCCAGACGGUCACCGGGCUCCGGUCCCUCCGCAGAGCUGCAGCAGUGGAUCUCAGAGUGACAUGGCCACCACACCUUUUUCCUCAUCUUCUUCCUUCUCCUCUUCCUCGUACUCCUCCUCAUCCAGCUCCUCUCCAACAAACAUCUCCACCUCCCCACCCCACCUCGAAGAUGCACCACUGGAUCUGCACCAAGACGGUGCAGAGAUGUGCCUCCUGUCUCCGUUCUCCUCCCAGAAUGAGGCAGAUGUCUCCCUGCCUCUGCUGAUGUCGUCCUCCCCAGGGCCCAACAAGAGUUGCUGCUUCCAGAGAGAGCCACCGGAGGGCUGCGAAAAGAUCAGAGUCUGGGAGGAAACCAGUACUCCACGCCAACAUAAGCCAGCCCUCCUCUCCUCCUGCCCAGACCCCAACAAGGUAAACUUCACGCCCCAUGGGGGCUCAGCCUUCUGCCCUGUAAGCCUCCUCAAGCCCCUGCACCCCUCCAUGGACCUGUUGUUCCGCAGCCUUGCCGUCUCUCCAGCAGGCAGUUGCUCGGGCCAUGAAUGAAGCGCCUGCCAGGCAACGUCCUUUGGCAACCGGGCAGCUCCUCCAGAUCCUCCCUCCGCCACCUCUGUGAUGGGAGAAAGCUCUGGUGGGGGUCUCGCUUUCUGAUUACAGCUGCCGAGGCAUAAGGCAAAAAUAUUUCAGUGAUCUGGGACAGAUUUGUUGAUGUCGCUUUAUUUUAGAAAAGGACCAUCCCUUUUCUAUCCAGAUUUAAAGUAAUCUUAUGUUUAAAAAUAAUAUUGGAUAAAAAAAUAUAUUAUCUUACUCGUACGCAAUCCAAUGGAUAUGCUUUAUGAGCUACUUGUUUUUGGUGUCCGGGCAUUGUGAUACUUCUAAAUUAAGGCAUUUCUGUCAUUUCAUAAUCCAAAGAUUUCUAUUUUUGGCCAAACACAAGUGUGAGAUACAGGGCUGUCUUAUUCUUCUCCUUACUCUGAAAUGAGGUUUGUUGGCUGACUGAUCCCCUCACAUGCUUCACAUAUUUCUCUUUCCCCAAAGAAGCUAUGACACAUACUUAUAUGAUACUGUUUUUUAAACUCUGACCGCAGUGCGUCAUCUCUGUUCAAAAUGUUAGGCGUCUGGGUCAAGUAAGAAAAACCCUUCCCGGAUAAAUUUGCUUGUUUUUAAGUAUUCAAAGAUAUUUAUCUGCAAUUAUUUUUACCUAACUUGACCGUGCACCUGUUGCUGGUGUACAAAGCACGACAAAUCAGUUGGGUAUUUUUUAUAUACCUGAUUAAAAAAAAAUAUAUAUAUAUAUAUAUAUAUUAAAAAAA